AUGAUAACUGAAGCUUUAAAAAGCCAGGUAGAGUCCUUGAGACACCAAAUUGAUUUGGUAACCAAAGUGCAUGCCGCAGAUUUAAAAAGUACCCGUGCAGCUCUUGAUAAAAAAAUAGAUGCAGCUUAUAAUGAUAAAGAGCUCUCAUUAUCCCAUCAAAGUGACAAGCUAAAUGAGCUUCAGCAAGCCUUAAUCUCAGAAAGAGAAAGAUCCACAAAGCUCCGUAUUGAAUUUCAAGAAACAAAGCUAAGCAACGACCAAGAAAUCGCAAAUUUACACGAAAAAAUCCGACGUAUCAAAAUAGAAAUCCAAAAUGCAAAUGAAGAUUUCCAUAAGCACCUCAAACCACAACUCCAAGCAAUGAAAGAAGAAGAAUAUAAGCUAUCAGAGUCCCAUAAAGACUAUUUAGAAUCCCUCAGCAGCGAGCAUUCUCAAAUGCUUGAAAAACUCAAAACUCAGUCAGCCACAAUCCUUCAAAAUAUUCAAUCACUGCAGAUGGAAAAAGAAGAACUCAAAAGAAAACUCGCAAUCAAAGAAGGUUGUGGCACAAAAGACAUUGAAAUCCUGAAUGAAGCUGUAAAAUCGACUCGUCACGUUGUAGAACUACAAGAAACCAGCAUAAAAAGACUGAAAUUUGCAUGUGAUGAGAUUAAUGAAGAAAAAACAGCACUUGAUAGAGAACAGAGAUUACUGGAAGAAAGGGAAUAUAUAUUAAAGCACGAAAAUGCAGGGAUGAGAGAAACCAUAGAAAGGCUAGAAAGAAUGAUUUAUGGAAAAAAAUCACCUAGAAAAGACUAA